UGACAAGGUUGAUGUUUGAGUUUACUAGCACCGUCAUAAGUCGCAAUUAGGAAAAUAGCUUUACAGUUAAUAACACCUAAAAGAACGAAUAUAAUUUAAAUUAGUGAAGCAUUUUAAAGUAACUUCUAGCAGAUAACAAAACUUAAAAUGUAUCAAGAGUAUUUAAAUCAGCUGCAAUCAUCAAUAGCCCCUCUCUCAUCAGACGAACUCAAGGAUUUACUCAACGAUGACGAAAAGCUAGAUGAGAAAGUGAGUGUAGUACUGGAAAACCUCAAAACACAAAAGGACGAUUUACUCAUCGAAAAUCGGUCCAAGGCCGAGAGCAAUAUUGAAAAAGAACCUAAAAUCAUCGAAUUGCGUGGAAAAGUGAAUGAAUUGAUGGAGGAAGCGAAGAAGUCUUGUCAAGCUGUACAGGAGAAAUUAGGCGAAGUGAAAGAAAAAUCGGGUAGCGUUAGUCAAGAAACUGCUUUAGCGUUGAUACAAACAGCUGCUGCUGAAAGCGAAGAGGCAACAGACGCUUUAAUUAAACAAUUCACAGACAAUGAAAUCGGCGUGGAGGCAUUCCUAGACGAUUUUCUUGUUACGCGCAAAACGAUGCACUUACGGAAACUCAAAGCUGAGAAAAUGCAAGAGCUAAUGCGUAAGCAAACUCAAGCGCCACAACGUGGUAAUCCUUUGUUACCAAAUAGUGGAUUUUAUCCGACACCAGGUGUACCUAGUAUGGGUGUUGGCGGUGUUCCGUACCCACUAGGGCCUAUGAUGCCUAUGCCACCACCACGCCCUUAUUAGUAAUCCAAGUCCAGCUGCCGAGCACUACCUUUCAAAAAAUUUGCGAAUUCGCCAUACAUUAAAAGGUUAUAAUUAAGUAGCAGCUCCCUUUAAACAUAAAUAUCUCAUUUUUAAAUAUAUAGUAUUGUUAAAAUGUUACGUAGUGAUAAAUGGCUACGAGUCGCAGAAAAUAAAUAAUAAUAAUACAUUUUAGGCACUACUAAAUAAAAUUAUUUACAAUUGAAGAAAACUA